AAUACCACGUCAACACGUCAUAGAAUUCUACCAACUCUUUUACGGCACCGAGGGAAGCUCAGACGGAAAGGUCAAAGAUGGGUAUUGAAGGAGGAAACCUGAGUUCAGAGCAGCUUCAGUUCUUCGACUCUAAUGGGUAUUUGUUGUUAGAAUCAUUUGCAAACCCUGCAGAGAUUGAGUCCCUUAGGAAGAGAAUGGAACAGCUGCUUGAUGAGUUUGAUUGCUCUUCCACUGCUUCUAUUUUCUCUACCAAGAACCAACAACAAACGACUAAUGACCACUUCUUUGAAAGUGCUGAGAAGAUUUCAUUCUUCUGGGAAGAGAAAGCAUUUGAUGAAGAUGGCAACUUAAAGCAGCCAAAGCAGCUCUCAAUAAAUAAAGUUGGGCAUGCUCUUCAUGAGAAAGAUCCUGUAUUUAAUAAGUUCUCUAGCUCGGACAAAGUCUCAGGCAUGCUGCGUUCGUUGGGUUACCAAAGGCCAGUAGUCAUUCAGUCAAUGUACAUAUUCAAGCAACCAGGUAUUGGGGGUGAAGUUGUGCCGCACCAGGAUAACUCUUUUCUGUACACUGAACCAACAACGUGCACUGGCUUGUGGCUGGCUUUAGAGGAUGCAACAAAUGUAAAUGGCUGUCUCUGGGCUAUACCAGGGUCCCACAAAGAUGGCCUUGUGAGGAGAUUCCUUAGAGAUGAAAAUGGGGUUCACUUUGAUAAGCCAUCUCCAUGUUAUAACCAGAAAGAUUUCGUUCCGCUUGAAGUAAAAGCUGGUUCUUUGGUAGUCAUUCACGGAGAUCUUAUUCACCAGAGCAGUUUUGAGAACCAGUCUUCAAAGUCACGACAUGCAUACAGUUUGCAUGUGGUGGAUACUAAUGGCUGCAAAUGGGCAGAAGACAAUUGGAUUAGAAGAAAUGUAGAUCCAGAGCCCUUAUACAGUUCUUGAAUCUGCCCUCAAGUCAUCAACUGCUAUGUUUAAAGGGCAAAAGGGCAGCCCGGUGCACUAAGCUCCCGUUAUGCGCGGGGUCCGGGGAAGGGCCGGACACAAGGGUCUAUUGUACGCAGCCUUACCCUGUCUUUCUGCUAUGUUUCUUACUAAAAUAUCAAGUGAACCUUGGGAGCGGGACCUGGUUAACUUUUUUAGCUUACUUAUGUAUAUGCACAUGAAGUACUUGAUGAAUAAGAUGACAAAUCAUUGAAUAUGGUUGUUUUUCAAA